AUGCAGCCACCAGUCGAGCAAAGUUUUCUGUGGGCCGAUACAAUUGUGAAGUUGGCCAAGAAGGGCAACGCAUAUCUCAGAACAAGUGGUACCAACCUUUUCAAGGAGAGCCAAUAUCUCAAAAAGGCGCUGGGUCAGCUGCGGGGUCUUGCGAAGGCUUCGGAAUACAAAAGCUGGGACCCUCUUGCUCCUGUCAAGCUGGCGCACAUGGGCAAAGAUGAAUUCUUCAUCAUCUGGGAUUUUGACGACCUGACUGAAAUAACAAACAAGGAGGGCAAGACAGAAUGGUGCAAUUCGAAGCUGGGAUUUGGGCAAUUAGCGGAUCCGGAGGGGAUAUUCAUGAAGUGCAAAAACAGCGAUAUAUCCCAAGGACGGAUGGUCAAUGCGUACGUAGCACCGACGAGGCAUGCUGGUAAGCAGACUCUUCGUUUCAUCCUAUGA